AUGAGGAAAACAUCCGGCAACGGUGGAGAAAACCUUCGUCGUCUUCGUUUCGACGUUGAGUCUGCCAUGAAGAAGCACUCAACCGUCGAAGAACUGGUGGAGCACCUCUUCUCCCAGCCCCUCUACAACCGCUGCAAGCGGCGUCCGUUCGCCAAAAGCGUCGAGAGAAUUUUUGAGGUUUUGAGACGAAGAAACAACGCCGUGGAUGGGUCCGACGGCGGCAGGGGGACUCCUGUUGCGAAUAAACGAAGAAAAGCAAACGAGGUGCCGAGACGCAGCUGGCCGUUGUCCUCUGAGGCCUCCGCCAGUUCUUCAGAUCCAGCUGCGCCGUCCUCCAACGAAGAGGCGUCCUCGGCCAUGGAUGCCAUCUACGAGGAGAAAUUCGAGCCGGACGUUGACCUGACUAGGUCGCUGAUGCGGGAGAAGCUGUGUAAGAAGUCUCAGGAAUCACGCAGCAGAGGAAAGGUUGAGCAAGUCAUGGAAGUUGAGAUACUAGAUGACAAGGUGCAAUUGAUGAAUGAGCUAGGUAAAUUAUCUGGAGGUGGUCAGAGUAACAUUAGUGGUGGUUCCAAAGGUGGAGGGGUUUCUGGUGAGGAGAUUAGUAAGCGUAUGUUUAGGGAUUUUGGGGGGAUUGAUGGAGCUAUUGAGGAAUUGAGGAGGAAGGUCCUUCUCCCCUUCUGUCAUCCAGAGCUGCCUCGCAAGCUUGGAGUCAAACCAGUUACAGGGAUUCUAUUACACGGGCCACCCGGCUGCGGGAAAACUUCAUUGGCUGAGGCUAUUGCCAAUGAAACUGAAGCCUCGUUUUACAGAAUCUCUGCACCGGCAUUGGUAUCUGGAGUUUCUGGCGCGUCGGAAGAAAAUAUUCGUGAUUUAUUCUCAAAAGCGGAGAGGACCGCACCAUCUAUUGUGUUCAUAGAUGAAAUUGACGCGGUUGCUGCUAAAAGAGAAAACUCUCGUGGAAUGGAGCUCCGUAUUGUGACACAGUUGAUCACUUGCAUGGACGAAUCAAGCAAGCUCGCAAAACCUGCAGACCUAAGUGUUGGUUCUAGCAGCUCUGCUUCUAAAUCUCAUUAUGUACUUGUGAUUGGAGCAACCAACAGACCUGAUGCCCUUGACCCCGCGUUGAGGAGGCCUGGACGAUUUGACCGUGAAAUUGCUUUAGGUGUUCCAGAUGAAUAUGCGCGGAUACAAAUAUUAUCAAAGCUUACGUGCAAUCUUAAAGUUGAAGGUGCUCUUGAUAUCUCGAAAAUAGCGCGGUCCACUCCAGGGUUUGUUGGAGCAGAUCUGGAAGCAUUGUGUAACGAAGCUGGUUACCUUGCGAUGAAUAGAAUCAUGGAUAAGAGAAAAAUUGUGCUUUCCAAAGAGCACGAAAGUGUUUCUUGUGAAGAAAUCUGGAGGUCUCCAUUGUCAAAUGAAGAAUUGGAGCUUACCAGUAUGACCGUUUCUGAUUUUGAGGAAGCUAUUAAAAUUAUUCAACCUUGUUCUAAAAGGGAAGGAUUUUCUGAUGUGCCAAAUGUGAAGUGGGAUGAUGUUGGAGGUCUUCAUUCACUCAGAGAGGAGUUAGAUCGUCAUAUUAUUAAACCUUUAAGGUUUCCAGAUGUUUAUAAGAGUCUUGGAUUCAACUUGGAGACAGGCUUUUUGCUUUAUGGUCCUCCUGGCUGUGGAAAGACCUUGAUUGCCAAAGCGGUUGCUAGUGAGGCUGGAGCUAAUUUCAUGCAUAUAAAGGGCCCUGAACUUUUGAGCAAAUACGUUGGUGAAAGUGAAUUGGCCGUGCGGACAAUUUUCAGUCGAGCAAGGACAUGUUCUCCAUGCAUUCUUUUCUUUGAUGAGGUGGACUCACUGACAACAAGGCGCGGUAAAGAAGGGGGAUGGGUUGUUGAAAGGCUCUUGAACCAGCUCCUUAUAGAGCUGGAUGGAGCGGGAAGGAGGAACGGUGUUUAUGUAAUUGGUGCUACAAAUAGACCAGAUGUCAUUGAUCCUGCACUGCUCAGAUCUGGAAGGUUAGGGAAGCUUCUAUACGUCCCUUUACCUAGCCCCGACGAACGGGUGAUGAUCUUGAAAGCUCUUGCCCGGAAUAAAUUGCUAGAUGCUGAUGUGGACCUCAUGGCCAUAGGGACAGAUGUGGCCUGUGAAAGUUUUAGUGGUGCUGAUCUUUCUGCUUUGAUGAAUGAAGCUGUACUGGCUGCUGUCGAGGAAAUACCACUGACUAGAAGUUCCGGUGUACCAUUGGCCAUCAAAGCCACACAUUUCAAGAAAGCAUUGGAGAAAAUCUCUCCAUCUGUUUCAAAUGAGCAAAUAGAAUAUUACAAACUUCUGUCGAAGAGAUUUAAAGCUUCUCGAGGGUAG